CAGGUGGCGGUAUGCAGCUGUGAUGAUGCUUGCACUGACAAGCUUCUCCCUGUCAUGAACACACCAUGGCGAGGGGCCGGGUAACAGGCAAUCACAACUUUUACAUAUUAAAGUAGUCAGCGGUCAGUUUCAAACACCAUGUUCCAAACUGUCCCCCUGUCCGAGUCUCAGACGCAUUUCUCUGGUCAGCCGUACUCCGUGUCCGUCCUUAAAGUCGGCUACUGUCUCCCUCAGCCUGAUGGGACGUUCAGGGCCGACGGGACUAUCACCCUCAUAACGGGACCCAAGACUGUUCUAGUGGACACCGGGGGUCCAUGGGACCGGGACUUUCUCCUGACCACACUGAAGGAGAAGGGUCUGGAACCGGGGGACAUUGACGUGGUCGUGGGGACGCAUGGACACUCAGACCACGUGGGAAACCUCAGCGUUUUCCCGGCAGCAGUAAUGAUAGUAGGCUAUGACGUCAGUGAUGGAGACACGUACCGCCCCAACCAGCUAGCAGAGGGACAGGGGUACGCUAUUGAUGAGCAGGUACGUUACUUAAG